UGCGUAAGCGUCGAUUACCCAGCCUGUUGUUUAAUACACGAAGCUACAAGGACGAAGCUGUGUUGGAGUCGCUGACAGCAGCAAUGACAGAAAGAUGGCGUAGAAGAAGCUGAAGUUUCAGCUGCCGGUUAGCUUAAUUCAGGUGUUUUGUGUUGAAACUGACGGAGUUCGCAACAACAAGCCGGUUAACAGAGCUACUGACGGCUAAUCUCUGUUGCUGUUUAUUGGAGGAUCUAAAAAUUAUCUGAAUCCGACAAGCAAGCUGCAGUGAUGGUGUUCAUCCAGAGCUAUUGUGAGGCAAACACCUCCAUCUCCCACACCUGGGUGGAUGAAGGUAUCGCCCCCUGCUUCUACUUCACCCUGGUUCCCAACAUCCUGCUCGCCAUCUCCUUCUUUCUCGGCACCGUCCACUGCAUUUGCUACCAGAAGUAUGGCACCUCCAUGGAGCCCAAGUUCAUCCCUCGCUCCCGCCUCUACGGCUUCCAGCUGGCUCUCACCGUGCUCCUCCUGCUUCAGUUUCUUGGUGGGGUGGUGUGGCGUGCUGCCAGCAGCGGAGAGCUCCCAGGUUACGUGGUGUUAUACAGCUGCUUCUCAACCCUGGGAUGGGCCUGGGCUUUAGCCCUGCUCAGGGUGGAGAGGUGGAGGGUUCCACUGAUGGACCGGACGAGGGGACACAGCACCGCGCUGCUGGUGUUCUGGGCUUUAGCUUUCUCUGCUGAGAACCUAGCCUUCGUCUCCUGGUACAGUCCGCACUGGUGGUGGGACCUGGAGACCACUCAAAAAGAGGUGCAGUUUGCUCUCUGGUUGAUCCGCUAUGUCUGCACUGGACUGCUCUUCUUCAUUGGUCUUAAAGCCCCUGGCUUGCCCCGAAGGCCCUACAUGCUUCUUAUAAAUGAAGACGAGCGGGAUGUGGAAAACAGCACGCAGAGUUUGUUAGGAAGAACGGAGGAGAACCAGUCCACCUGGCAGGGAUUCAGGAAGAAGGUCCGCCUGCUUGUUCCCUAUAUGUGGCCCCGGGGCAACAUUAUUCUCCAGGUCCUGGUCCUCUUCUGUCUGGGAUUGCUGGGAGUUGAGCGAGCUAUUAAUGUCUUUGUACCCAUCUAUUAUAAAAAUAUCGUUAAUGGGUUAACCGAUGGCAGCAGCUGGCACACUGUGGCUUCUACAGUGGGUAUAUAUGUUGGACUAAAGUUCCUGCAGGGUGGAGGAGCAGGUGCCUCUGGGUUUGUCAGUAACAUACGUUCGUUCCUCUGGAUUCGGGUGCAGCAGUUCACCAAUCGAGUGGUUCAAGUUCGCCUGUUUGCCCACCUGCACUCCCUCUCCCUGCGCUGGCAUCUGGGCCGCAAAACAGGGGAUGUGCUCAGGAGCAUUGACCGCGGCACCUCAUCAAUCAACAGCUUGCUCAGCUACAUUGUCUUCAGCAUCUUUCCAACCAUCGCUGAUAUUGUCAUUUCCAUCAUCUACUUCGUCACUUAUUUCAAUGCCUGGUUCGGCCUUAUCGUCUUCAUCUGCAUGACCUUGUACCUCACUCUCACCAUCAUCAUCACUGAGUGGAGAACCAAGUACAGACGAGACAUGAAUCUGCAGGACAACGCUGCCAAGUCCAAGGCUGUGGACUCCUUGUUAAACUUCGAGACGGUAAAAUACUAUAAUGCAGAGAACUAUGAGGUCAGCCGGUUUGAAGACGCCAUCCUAAAGUAUCAGGCUUCAGAGUGGAAGACUCAGGCAUCCCUCGCCUUCCUGAAUCAAACGCAGAACGUCAUCAUCGGGUCUGGACUGCUGGCCGGCUCUUUACUCUGUGCCUAUUUUGUCACAGAGAGGAAAUUUCUGGUUGGAGAUUUUGUCCUCUUCGGUACAUACAUCAUCCAACUGUACACCCCUCUCAACUGGUUUGGAACCUACUACAGAAUGAUCCAAAAUUCCUUCAUUGACAUGGAAAGCAUGUUCAAACUGUUUGAGGAGGAAGAAGAGGUGAAAGAUGACAUAAAUGCAGGAAAUCUGCUGUACAAACUGGGAAGAGUGGAGUUUGACAAUGUUUACUUCAGCUACAUAAAUGGAAAAGAGAUUCUCAGAGAUGUUUCCUUCACUGUUCUUCCAGGACAGACUGUUGCACUGGUUGGACCAUCGGGAUCCGGGAAAAGUACCAUCAUUCGUCUGCUGUUCCGUUUUUAUAAUGUUCAGGGAGGCUGCAUUCGCAUUGACGGCCAGGAUAUCUCAAAAGUUAAGCAAACAUCUCUGCGAGCUCACAUCGGUGUGGUUCCCCAGGAUACCGUGCUUUUUAAUGACACAAUCAGGGAAAACAUUCGCUAUGGUCGCAUCACUUCCUCUGACCGGGAGGUGGAGGAAGCAGCUCUAGCUGCAGAUAUACAUGAUAAAGUCAUGGCCUUCCCUGAAGGCUAUGAUACACAGGUGGGGGAGAGAGGUCUGAAGCUGAGUGGAGGUGAGAAGCAGAGGGUUGCAAUUGCCAGAACAAUCCUGAAGGCACCUCAGAUCAUCCUGCUGGAUGAGGCAACAUCUGCUCUGGACACGCAGACCGAGCGUAACAUCCAGGCCUCUCUAGCUAAAGUCUGCACCAACCGCACAACCAUCGUCGUAGCGCACAGGUUGUCCACCAUCAUUGGAGCGGAUCAGAUUCUGGUCAUCAGUGACGGUCGGAUCGCUGAACGAGGACGACAUGAAGAAUUGCUGUCCAAAGGAGGUCUAUAUGCGGACAUGUGGAUGAAGCAACAGCAGGCCCACGACUCAGAUUCUUCAUCAGAAACUGAAGCAAAAGAUCGUAAAUCUGAGAAACUACAGCCGCCGUCCACCUCUUCAGCCCAUCAAGGGCAUUGAAUGUAUUUAUUGAUUGAAGCCAAAAAGUGCUUUUUUGUACUCUACUUUUGAAAGAGUUGAUGCUUUAUUUAAAAGUAGAACAGAACAAGGUGAUAAUGUUAUUUAUUUUAAGUGUAUGUGCAAUGUCAGGUAGAAAAAGGAAGGUGCCUUUAAAAACUGAGGAUGUAACACUAUUACCAAAUGCAUGAAAAUACACACUCUUGUUUAAUCUCUUAUUAUAGCUGAAAUCAUUUUUAUAUCCAAAUAUUGGGCAAAAAGGGCAAAAUGCUAGCACAGGAAAAAUAAACAAGCAUCAGAUUUCUGAUGCUUAAAUUGGCACCUUCACUGCCUGUAAGGUUUUUAUUUGACUUUUUGUUUUUAUAUUUUGCAUUUACUUUACGUCUGGGUUCUGUUUGGAAAAAUAAAUUUUUUUUCAUCUCUUGCCGAGACAUUCAUCAUUGGACUUGGAAGCAAUGAGAAUAAAAGGCAAUAAAUUAAAAACAACGUUCAGCUGCAUCAAGAGAUGAAUAAUUCAGUUUCCCACUCACCAUUAUAAGAAUGAGAACAAGCUUUUUUUUAAAGAGAUCCCUAAACAAGUGCAGAUGUUCAAUCACUUUAGUGUAGUCGGGUGUAUUAAUUGCUUUCUCGUCAUUAUGGUUUAUAGAGUUUGUACAGAAAAAGUAAUACAUGUCUACUGCUCUACAAUCCAUUCCAGGUUAACUGCUGGUUCUGCAGAGAACACAUUAUUAGUACUCUCAGUAUGUGAAAUACAAUCAUACACUUUGUGGUGAUCCACAUUAUUUCUAAAUAUGUUUUCUUCAUCUUUUGACAUGUGAAUCUGAAAAUGUACGCUUCAUUAUGUGAAAAUUAUGGACAUUUUUACCAUGUCAUGAUAAACAAUAAAAUUAUAUUUUCACAACUUCAA